UAUACACGUUUGAUAUUCAUAUCAAACAUCUCCUCUUUACUUACAAAUGUCUUUAAACACCGAUAUAAGAGUUGGAUCCCACAGUAUGAAUUAAACUCAAGAAACUGUUCCCAUUCACGUUCAUGAACUCAACAAAGGCUGUACCAAUGCUUGAAGACAAAUGACAUAUACCAGCCGAAGAAAGGCUUGUUUUUCUCGCAACAAUCUCUUGUUACUGUCGCUUGUUGUUCUGCAGGUUUCUGCAGGUAUAAAUAUCUGUCAAGCUACUGUUGCUAAAUCAUGUCCGUGCUUUCUGUUCAUGCUAAAUACAUGGCACAAGCUCUCAGAAGUGAAGCUGAAGAGUACGAGACUUUUCACGAGUUCUUCGAGUGCUGGCUUUCUGAGCAAAGCCGGCACCUUGAAGAACUCGUAUUGGCUUCCAAAGAGAGCGAGCGACUGCAGGAGCAAGGACAUGAUGAUCAUCGACCGGUAACUCAACAGGAGGUGGAUGAGAGAAUCUUGCGUCCGAAGAUCGCAGAGGUAAUCGAGCAUUACGAGCAAUACUACCAUGUUAAAUCGUUAUGGGCUGAGAAUGACGUGCUGUUGAUGUUCAAUCAAUCAUGGAGGAGCAGCCUAGAGGACGCCUUCCUCUGGAUUGGUGGGUGGCGCCCCAGCAUUGCCUUCCACUUGCUCUACUCCAAGUCGGGGCUGCAGCUGGAGGCCAGACUCGAUGAGCUGAGACAAGGGCUCACUGUAAAUGACUUGGGUGGUUUGUCCUAUACUCAACUUAACCAGGUGAAUGAAUUGCAGAGGGGAACCAUAAGGGAAGAGAAGGAGAUAACUGAGAAGCUGGCAAAGCAGCAGGAGAAGGUGGCCGACUCAUUGAUGGUGGAGUUGUCACAUGCUGUAACGGAGUCAAUAAGGGAAGGGAAUCAGGCCGGCCCGAUUGUGGCAGACGAGCGGAUUGAGGCGACUCUGGCGGUCAAGGAGGAAGGAUUCACGGAAAUCAUUAAGAGGGCUGAUGAUCUAAGGCUGAAAACUCUCAGAGAAUUGAUCAAUACUCUGACUCCAUCACAGGGUGUGCAUUUCUUGAUCGCUGCUGCAGAGUUGCACAUGAGGCUUCAUGAAUGGGGCAAGAAAAGGGAUGCUCGGAGCCUCAGGCACCACCAGGCUGGUGAUGCUGGUCAGACCCAACAACUAUGAGAGGCGCCAGAAAAUGGAUUAAUAUAUAUAUACAUAUAUAUAUGUGUGUAUAUGUGUGUGCGCGGGGAGGCGCGCGUGUACUAGUAGAAGGUGGUCUUGAGAAGACGUGGCUGAUUGCUGCUGAAUAUGUGGAGUAUGCGAUAGAGGUUUAUGUUGAGGAUAUGCUAUACUGUGUGAUGUUUUAGCUUGGUUUUCUGUUUCGGGCAGGUUCUCUGUGGGCGACUGUACAAAUGUUCAACCCCUUUAUGCUAGUUAUCAUGUUCCCAGUCCAUUCUCGGGCAACCGUACAUUGUCUAGAGACUAAAUCCAAUCGACAAGUACAAAGUUCAUUGAGAUAAUAAUUUUCAAUGAUCAAAUACAAGUGGGUUUAAAUGGAAGAUUUACCUUUCUGGAUGAUUAUUACUCUUGAAAUGUAUAGAAGAUUUAUCUCUCUGGAUAGUUAAUCGUCCGAGACUUUUGUG